GGGAAAAAUAAUUUAAUAACAACAACAAAAAAAAGAAUGCCAAGUACAGCAAUCCAAAAAUUAUUAUUAACAAUUUCAAUAUUUUUAAUCGUUGCUGGACUUGCAUUAACAAUUGCUGGAUUAGUAUCUCCAGCUUGGCAAGUUGUUGAUAUUCGGGAAUUUAGAGCAGAACAUCAACACGGACUUUGGUGGGAUUGUAUUAGAGCCGAAAAGCAUGUUGUGGCUGUUGGCGAUUUUUAUGAUGAAGCUCCUCUUCACUGCAUGUACAAAUUUGACGAAUCAGCCGCUCUUGUUAUUGAAAAUACUCUUAAUCGAAUUGACGAAGAUGGGGCAGCUGGGGAAGCAGAACACCAUCGUUUUUGGGGAUGGCAAAAAGUUGUUUUAACUUUAAUUUUGCUUUCCCAAUUAUCUGCUUUUGUUGCUAUAUGUACAGGUGUUUGUGCACCUUGUUUCCCUCCAUCAACUUUUUGUUUUACAAUUUCACUUUUUAUUGCCAUGUUACUUUCAAUGUUGUCUGAUGGAGUUUUCUUUUUUUCUGCAAAUCGAGUAGAUAUUCGUUUUGUUACUGGAAUGGUUGGAACUUAUGAACAAAUAAUUGGUUAUGCCUUUUAUUUACAUGUUGGGGGCACUUUUUGUUGGUUAAUUGCUUUUGUUUGUGCAAUUACAACAACCUAUAAAUUUAUUUCUUCUAAUGGAGCACAGAGGUAG